AUGUAAGAAGAGUUGAAUUCAAGCCUUGAUUCUUUGGAAUUGGAAUUAUAUCAUAAACCAAAUAAAAAAAUUAAAUCGAUUCUAACCUAUCUAAGAUAAUAAAAGAUUUAAUUUUGCACAGAUCCCAAAAAGAAAGAAGAUGAUUACUAUUCAAAAAAUGAUAAGGAAAGUGAUUGCAAAGAUUUUGGUCUGUUUAAAAACAAAUUUUAUAAAAACAAAUCCAUUACUCCUAUCAAUUGA